UUUUAUGGAUCCCAAACCUCCUGAACCCUCCAGCGGCGUCGACUCGGUUCCGCACCAGCCGCCCAGCGCGCAUUCCGGGCCUGGUGCUCAGGGUCCCAGCGCGGGGGGCAACUCAGGCACCAUGAGCCAGGACACCGAGGUGGACAUGAAGGAAGUGGAGCUGAACGAGGUGGAACCCGAGAAGCAGCCGAUGAACGCGGCGUCGGGGGCCGUGGUCGUGGCGGGCGGCGCCGAGAAGAACGGUCUGGUGAAGAUCAAGGUGGCCGACGACGAGGCGGAGGCCGAGGCCAAGUUCACCGGCCUGUCUAAAGAGGAGCUGCUGAAGGUGGCGGGCAGCCCCGGCUGGGUGCGCACGCGCUGGGCGCUGCUGGUGCUCUUCUGGCUCGGCUGGCUCGGCAUGCUGGCCGGCGCCGUGGUCAUCAUCGUGCGGGCACCGCGCUGCCGCGAGCUGCCGGUGCAGAGCUGGUGGCACAAGGGCGCCCUCUACCGCAUCGGCGACCUCCAGGCCUUCCAGGGCCGCGACGCGGGCGACCUAGUCGGCUUGAAGGGGCAUCUGGAUUACCUGAGCACCUUGAAGGUAAAGGGUUUUGUGCUGGGCCCAAUUCACAAGAACCAAAAGGAUGACGUUGCUGGGACGAACUUGGAACAGAUCGACCCCACUCUUGGCUCCAAGGAAGAUUUUGACAGUCUCCUGCAAUCGGCCAGGAAAAAGAGCAUCCGGGUCAUUCUGGACCUCACUCCCAACUACAGGGGCCAGAAGUCGUGGUUCCUCCCUGAUGAGAUUGGCACCGUGGCCACCAAGAUGAAGGACGCUCUGAGUUUUUGGCUGCAGGUUGGUGUGGAUGGCUUCCAGGUUCGGGACGUGGGGAAUCUGACGAAUGCGUCUUUGUUCUUGGCCGAGUGGCAGAACAUCACCAAGAGCUUCAGUGAAGAUAGGCUCUUGAUUGCAGGGACUGAGUCCUCCGACCUUCAGCAGAUCCUGAGCCUACUGGACUCCACCAAGGACCUGUUGGUGACCAGCUCAUACCUGUCCAACUCUGUUUUCACUGGGAAACAUGUAGAAUUCCUGGUCACCCAGUAUUUGAACACCAUGGGCAGUCGCUGGUGCAGCUGGAGUUUGUCUCAGGCGGGACUCCUGACCUCCUUUGUGCCGGCUCAGCUCCUCCGACUCUACCAGCUCCUGCUCUUCACCCUGCCAGGGACCCCGGUUUUCAGUUACGGGGACGAGAUUGGCCUGGAGGCAGCUGCCCUUCCUGGACAGCCUGUGACGGCCCCAAUCAUGCUGUGGGAUGAAUCCAGCUUCCCCGACACCUCAGGAUCUGAAAGCUCCAACGUGACUGUGAAGGGCCAGAGUGAAGACCCUGGCUCCCUCCUCUCCCUGUUCCGGCGGCUGAGUGAUCAGCGGGGUAAAGAGCGCUCCCUGCUGCACGGGGAUUUCCACACACUCGAGUCGGGCCCUGACAUCUUCUCCUACGUCCGACAAUGGGACCAGAAUGAGCGUUUCUUAGUAGUGCUCAACUUUGGGGAUGUGGGCCAACCUGCCAGGUUGGGGGCCUCCAGCCUGCCCGCCGGCACCAGCCUGCCAGCCACGGUUGAUCUGCUGCUCAGCACCCAGCCAGGCCGGAAGGAGAGUGCCUCUCUUGAGCUGGAGCACCUGACCCUGGAGCCCCACGAGGGGCUGCUGCUCCACUUCCCCUACGUGGCCUGACCAGGAUCCACUGCUCACCCCUUCCCUUCCCCAGGCUCUUUGGGUUCUGGUUACUCUUUCCUUUGUUUUUUUUAACUGUCACACAAUCCAAAUGAACUCCCAAAUAGGGUGUUUUCUGGCUUCAAAUAAAAGUCACCCAUGCCUGGU